GUGUACGUAAGUACCGCGUAAACUUUGAAGAGAGAGUGCAAAGUGUCCGAGAGUCGGGAGCUGCGCAUGGUAGGAGCAUCACGAUCAUAAAUUUAGUUUCACUCUUGCUCAGUCAGUCAUCAGACACGAAACUGUGCAGAAAAGUGUAAUUAAAACAAAACCAGUGGUGAAAAACAACUAAAAAACAAUUAAAACUUAUACAAAAUGGAAGUACUUGAGGAUUUACCGCAUGGUCCAUUGGACAGGUACAGAAAUCGUGCUUCAUUCGACUGGAAAAAGAUGCGGCUGUUUUUAGAAAGUGAAGAUCUUGUCAGGUACAAAAAAAGUUUAGUUGAUGUUCUGCAAAGUGAUCCACUCUAUGACCCAAAUAAUUCCGACCGAUUGUCUUUCGAUGAACAUCGGAGGCGGUCAAUGCUCCGUAUGAAAGCAAUCGGUGACAGAAAAGAAUUCGCGAUUGAGAAUUUCAUCGCUAAUUUUACCAACCUCGCCGGGUACUUCGAGGUGCUCUUCUCUUGGGACCCUAGUGUUGGUGUCACCAGCGGACUGAAGAUGUCGCUGUUCUCUAAUGUGAUCAAAACACUAGGGACUGAACAACAUAUGCAUCUUGCUGAUGCUUCGGAUAAUAAUGAGUUGUUAGGUUGUUUUACGCUGACGGAAAUCGGGCAUGGGUCAAAUACAAAAAUGAUGCAGACUAAGGCAACGUAUGAUAAGGAUUCGCAGGGUUUUGUGAUUCAUUCGCCGAAUUUCGAAGCGGCGAAGUGUUGGAGUGGAUUGUUAGGUCAGAAUGCAACGCAUACGGUGUUGUAUGCGCAGUUGUACACGCCAGAUGGCGUUUGUCAUGGUUUACAUCAGUUUAUUAUACAGAUCAGGGAUACCACUACACAUUUACCGCUGCCAGGGGUUAUUAUUGCUGAUAUGGGUCCUAAAGGUGGUAUGAAUGGGAUUGAUAAUGGGGUUAUGAUGUUCAAUAACUAUCGUGUACCAAAAUCAGCACUUCUAAAUCGUAAUGUUGAUGUUUCACAAGAUGGCGUUUACAUGCCGAAGUUAAAAGACCCUAAAAAGAUGUUUGGAUCAUCCCUGCAUGCAUUAUCCGUGGGUAGGAUCAACAUAACCUGUAUCUGCUCCACGUUUCUGUCAAAAUGUAUCAGUAUUGCUGUUCGUUAUGCCGCUGUACGUAAACAAUUCGGUCCUGAGGGAUCCAACGAAGAAAUUCCCAUCUUAGAAUACCAACUACACCAAUAUAGGUUAAUCCCGUAUAUUGCCAACGCGUACGUAACCAAAGUCUUCUCCUACUUUAUCGUCGCAGAUAAUGUAGAAGCAACUGUCGAGAAGUACAUGAACAUGGAGAAACCGGAUGUCGCUGAGCGUGGAAUUGAAAUCCAUGCGAUUUCCUCAGCGUGUAAACCAUUCGCUGCGUGGUUAACACAGAAUGCUAUUCAGGAGUGUCGUGAAGCAUGUGGUGGACAUGGCUACCUCAAAGCUUCCGGUUUGACGGACAUGCGCGGGGAUAACGACGCGAACAUAACCUAUGAGGGAGAAAAUAAUGUGUUGAUUCAACAGACGAGUAAUUGGUUGCUGAAAUUCUGGCCCCAAGCGUUGAGGAAUGAACCAAUCACAGCGCCUUAUAAUUCCAUCAACUUUUUAAGUAAUGCAGUGCAAUUACUCAAAGAAAAAUGUGGUUUUAAUACAACUGAAGAGUUUAUCCAACCGGAAAAUGUGAUCAAAAUGUACCAAUGGCUGAUAAGUCACUUACUUAAAGUGAGUUAUGAAAGACAUCAACGUAAUAUGUCUCAAGGUCAAAGUUCAUUUGAUGCAAAGAAUAAUAAUCAAGUGUUUUUCGCUAAAGAUUUAAGCAUGGCGUAUAUACAGCACUUCUUUUUGUUGACUUUUAACAAGUUUAUUCAAAAUUGUGAAGACAAAAACAUGAAAUUGGUGUUGACACGUCUCGGGUCUCUCUUCGGGUUGUUCCAUCUGGAGAAACAAGUCGGCCAUCUUUACCAAGGCGGAUAUUUCCAAGGGGAUAAACCUAGGGUGCUUCUACAGGAAGCCAUUUUGAGUUUAUGUGGGGUUUUGAAGGAUGAUGCUGUUACUUUGGUGGAUGCUAUCGCUCCGGAUGACUUUUUGAUGAAUUCUGUGUUGGGGAAAUCCGAUGGACAGGUUUAUCAACAUUUACAGAGGUCUAUACUAACAGGAGAAGGUAGUUUGACAAGGGUAAAGUGGUGGGAUGAAGUUGUAUGCAAAAAGAAGGCGAAAUUAUAAAAUAUAAAGCCAGGGAGGUGAAAAAAACGACAAAAAACUAUUGUAACUUGUAAAAGACUUGAAAAAGGUUGUGGAUAUUUUAUAAAUGUUAAUCAAUAAAGAGUUUAUAUAUUA